GCCGUGCGCGCGCGGGCAGGGCCGGGCCCGGGGACCGAGAGAGGGUGGGAAAUUGUUGCCCUGAGCCAUUGUGGGAUAGCAAAAGACAUAUCUGGCUUCGAGACUAAGCUUGAUAAGUUUAUGGAGGGGAUGGCAAUUAAUUGAUCUUUGAUUAUUAGCAGGCUACAGAAUAACGUCCAUGUUUUGCUCCGGAUCGUCCCACUCUUCCACGGGAAAGGCAAUGGCUGCAGCGGAGUUAGCUGAGGGGCUGGUGACCUUCGAGGAGGUGGCUCUGUAUUUCACCAAGUCAGAGUGGGCUCUGCUGGACCCCGCUCAGAGAGCCCUCUACAGAGACGUCAUGCAGGAGAACUAUGAGUCUGUGACCUGUCUGGGUAAGAAUUCCUGUUCCUUUGGUUAUUGGAAGCUAACAGUCCUGUUCAGCACGGGAAUCCUCUCCUGUAGCACAGACCUGUCCUUCACCAAGCAGGCGUUUGAAAUCCAAAUUGGACGAUGCCCCGAUGGGUUUCCAGUUUCCAAACCUCAUGUGAUCUCCUGGCUGGAACGAGGGGAGGAACCAUGGGUCCCAGACCUCCUGGACUCUGAGGAAAGAGAGACCCUGAGAGAUGCCCGCACAGCAGGUGAUGGGAUGGCGAAUGAGAAUGAGGAGGAGAAUCCUCAACAAGAUGAUGCUGAGCAAGUAGAAGCACAUGGGACAUUCUCAGAAAGAUCCAAAGGGAAUGUUUCCUGGAGUUGUGCACAGGCAAACGCCUGUGAGAGUCAGAACAGACCAGAGAAAAAGUUCAGUAGAGGCUCAGACCUUAUAAGACAUGAGAGAAUCAACACAAGAGAAACACCCUACAUCUGCCUGGAGUGUGGGAAAACCUUCAAACAUAACUCAGUCUUUAUCAUACAUCAGAGAAUCCACACUGGAGAGAGACCAUAUACAUGCCCCGAGUGUGGGAAAAGCUUCAGUCGCAGCUCAAACCUUAUCACACAUCACAGAAUCCACACAGGGGAGAAACCCUACACUUGCCAUGAGUGUGGGAAAGGCUUCAGUCGGAGCUCAGAGCUUAUGAUACAUAGGAGAAUCCACACAGGAGAAAGACCCUACACUUGCUGUGAGUGUGGGAAAAGCUUCAUUCGGAGCUCAGAGCUUAAUAAGCACCAGAGAAUCCACACUGGAGAAAGACCCUACAGAUGUACUGAGUGCGGGAAAGACUUCAUUUAUAGCUCACAGCUUGUCACACAUCGACGAAUCCACACAGGAGAGAGACCCUACUCAUGCCCUGAGUGCGGGAAAGGCUUCACUUCUAGCUCACAGCUUGUCUCGCAUCAGAGAAUCCACACAGGAGAGAGACCCUAUUCAUGCCCUGAGUGCGGGAAAAGCUUCAGUUCUAACUCACAGCUGGUCUCACAUCGGAGAAUCCACACAGGAGAGAGAUCCUAUUCAUGCCCUGAGUGUGGGAAAAGCUUCAGUCAUAGUUCACAGCUUAUCACACAUCAGAGAACCCACACAGGAGAGAGACCGUACACAUGUCCUGAGUGUGGGAAAAGCUUCAGUCGUAGCUCAAACCUUAUCAUGCAUCAUAGAAGCCACACAGGUGAGAAACCCUACACGUGCCUUGAGUGUGGGAAAAGUUUCAGUCGGAGCUCAGAGCUGAUCAGACAUCAGAGAAUCCACACGGGAGAGAGACCUUACGUGUGCUCAGAGUGCGGGAAAAGUUUCACUCGGAGCUCAGAUCUUAGUAAGCACCAGAGAAUACACACUGGAGAGAGACCCUAUAGAUGCCCUGAGUGCGGGAAAGGCUUUCGUUACAGCUCACAUCUUGUCUCACAUCGGAGAAUCCACACAGGAGAGAGACCCUACUCAUGCCCUGUCUGUGGGAAAAGCUUCACUGAUAGUUCACAGAUGAUCACACAUCAGAGAAGCCACACAGGGGAGACCCCCUACACAUGCCCUGAGUGUGGGAAAAGCUUCAGUUGGCACUCAAACCUUAUCACACAUCAGAGAAUCCAUACGGGAGAGAAACCAUACACAUGUCCUGAGUGUGGGAAAAGCUUCAAUCGGCGAUCAAACCUUGCCGCACAUCACAGAAUCCACACAGGGGAGACACCCUAUAGCUGCCCUGAGUGUGGGAAAAGCUUCAGUCGGAGCUCAGAGCUCAUCAUACAUAAGAGAAUCCACACAGGAGACAGACCCUAUACUUGCUGUGAGUGUGGGAAAAGCUUCAUUCGGAGCUCCGAGCUUAUCAUACAUCAGAGAAUCCACACUGGAGAGAAACCCUUCAGAUGCCCUCUGUGCGGUAAAGGCUUCAGUUAUAGCUCACAGCUUGUCUCACAUCAGAGAAUCCACACAGGAGAAUAA